UCUAACGGUCAAUAUCAAAAUGGACAGAACUACGUCCUCACCGCCUUCGGAGGUUUACAUGGCAAACGUUGUGGAAGGUGCUGCACGUCUAACACGGAUUCAUACAUUUGGUAAACUUGGGAAGGACACCCCUAGGAGCUAUUUCUCAAACAGACUGGCUUCCGCCUUUGCUGUAACAAGGUACGAAGGGAUAGUUUACGUAGACAAACCCAGCCUUUUGGAGGGCAGUAGGCAACAGAAUUUUACAGUCUCAGCCUACUCAAAAGAUGCACAAGGAGAACAGAAAAUUGUACUCAUCGUAAAAAUUACGAGUGGGCCUAAAAAGAAAACAAUAUGCAAUGAAUCGUGCGCUCGCCAUGGCGGUCGAGAUGGGUGUGUAACUUCGUGUGGACUAGGGCUACUGGCGAGGACCUGUAUAUGGCGUAUGGGCGAGAAAGGGAUCUGGACAACCAAGUAUGGCACGUGCACCUAUAACAAGCUCUUGUGUCCCAACAAUAUUUGUGAUGAGUUGGAAAAUCAGAAUCCACAGUUAUGUCCACAGGAUUGUACCAAUAGAACUGUUGGAACUGCCAAACUGAACACACACCCACCUCGAGGGAUUGCACAGGCUGUCGGCAACUGUUUUUGCUCAUAUACUGGCGAGUGCGCGUGUACAGCAGCGGAUCUUAGUCCAAGGAUCACACCAAAACCACGCGACAGCAUACUCAUCAAAUCAACUCAACUUGAAAACGGCGUAAACGCAGACAACACGACUGACCAGGACCAUGAUGUCACGAAUGGGCAGUUAUAUUACCGACCCAAAGGAGAUGGGGGUGGAACAUCUGAUGGAGGGUGUGACGACAACUGUAGGACGACAACGGCCGCCACACUGGGCUGUCUUGGUGCUGUCACGUGCAUCUUUGUUCUGGGGUGGCGUCUUAGAAAACGCAGAUGUCAGAAUAGUCAGAACAUUAAAAAGCGCGUGGGCAGCCUUGUGUCAGUAUCGGCUAUACCAUCAGACUACCACGAUGACCGUGACAUACACAGGAACUACCACCCCACUCCCCAGUUCAACAACAAGGGACCCCUCGAUUAUACACCGACGCCAGAAGAUAUGAAGUGGGAGUUUGAGCGAGACAAGCUGACCCUUGACAAGACUCUUGGUGAAGGAGAGUUUGGACGAGUGGUAAAGGCACGGUCUUACAGUUCGGACGGAAAAGAUAGCUACAAGGAGGUCGCUGUUAAGAUGCUCAAACAUUGCGCCUCCUCCUCGGAACUAUCGGACUUACUAUCUGAAUUCAACCUCCUAAAGGAUGUCAAUCACCCUAACGUCAUACGCCUGCUAGGGGCGUGUACAAGGGACGGUCCAUUCUACGUCAUAGUGGAGUAUUGUGAGUACGGCUCCUUGCUUUGUUUCCUGAGACGGUCACGGUUAGAAGAAAAUGGCUAUGUCAACCACCGGUACCGGCACAAAGAGUUCUCUCAUCACUGUGAGAACGGGGAGUACAUGGAACCGGAGUUACUCUCCAUAGGCAAUCUCUUAUCUUUUGCCUGGCAGAUAGCUAAGGGGAUGAAGUACCUUAGCGAGAUCAAGUUGGUACACAGAGAUUUAGCUGCAAGAAAUGUCUUGGUUGCUGCCGGCAAGGUUUUGAAAAUAUCCGAUUUUGGAUUAACCAGAGAUGUUUAUGAGGCGGACACAUACCUCAAACAAAGCAAGGGCCGUAUACCAGUGAAAUGGUUAGCACCGGAAUCUCUGUACGCACAGGUUUAUACAACUCAGAGUGAUGUGUGGUCCUUUGGAAUCGUGCUGUGGGAGAUCGUCACCUUAGGUGCCCCGCCCUAUCCCGGUAUACCCCCAGAGCGUCUCUAUAAUUUGUUGAUUGCUGGCUACAGAAUGGAUAGACCAGAAUCUUGUACCGACGAGAUGUAUGCUGUUAUGCAAAAAUGUUGGAAGACGGACCCUACAGAGAGGCCGCCAUUUUUCCAGCUGACAGACAUUUUUGAUCGCCUUCUCCAACAAAGAACAGAGUACCUGGAUUUGACUGGAGGGCUGGAUGACACCACUCCUGACGUGUAUGACAAGUGUUUCGGUAGCGCUUUGGGGAAGGUUUUUCCAAAACAGAAUCAGCCAAGAUUAGCUGACAGGUACGGCAGCAUAAGCGUGAUUUCGGGAAACUCCGAACCUUAUUUGACUCCCUCCACAAGUAAAUUACCGGUCGAUUCAUCGGACAAUAUAACAACACAAAAUAUGGACAAAAGAGUCGUCCUUCAUUCAAAUGGCGAAGAUUCCUCUCGGUUAUCUUCCCGGAAGUGCCUAGAUUUAAAUGAUAAAUCCCCUGGAGGGGAGAAGCUGGCUCUGUUAUUGGACUCUGGGACAGCUGUAUUUUCCCCGUCCUCCGACACGGACGACGAUCCGGACAGUAGGGAAACAGAUGCGCUAUCUGUACAAAGAUGUUGAACCGACCAAACUGUGCUUUGUGAUGCACAUUACACAUGUCUUCUGUACACAGAGAUGUCUUCUUUACAUAGAUAUGUCAUAGGAAAGUAACAGACGUGUAAUAUAUUCACACUAAGCCGACCGAGCACUGCUAUGUAAUGAACAGGUCACGUUUUAAGCCUACAAGUUGUGACGAAGCACCAGCGUCCUGUACUGAUAAGGUUGAAGAACAGUAGAUGUUUUAACUUCACAAAAAUACUGACCUAGCCAAAUCACACCAUAUGACGAGGAUUCCAAAGAGGAGAACAUUAUGUCAACAGAGGACGUCCGCGCCAAGGUGUGAGCAAACAUGUCGGAGUCCCAUUUCAGCAUAUCUCAGAUAUAUUGCAUUAACUACUUAAACUCAUAAUUAUACAGCAUUGAUUUCGCCAUUAUGUCGUGAUUUUACCACAUAUUACGUAUUCCAAUAAACACAGUGUGUGUAUAACUACACCAGAGCUGCGAUAAUCCAGCCACAGUCGUUCCCAGUAAAGUGGCUGGUCGUAGAGACAGCUACAUCACUGGGACAGAUUUGUAUAUAGAAUUGUUUAUCUGCCCCCUAAACCAUGGCAAGAUCGUGACGCUAUUCGAUUAGUAGUGACUCAGAUUUCGGGAGAACGUUGACUGUCGGUGUUAAUGUCCAUCUCAUGAGAUAUUUCCGAUUUUCAGGAUGACAGAUAACGUACACGGAUUAUUGGAAUAUUUGAUAUUUUUUUUUAUUCCAAAAAGAUCUGACAUGUUUAUCACGGUGUACAUGUGUAUCAGUACACGUUACAGUACAUACAUGUAUGUACAAAUUAUCAUUGUUUAUUUGCGAAAUAAGCACCUUCAAUACGGAUAUAGUGAAAUCAUGUUUGAGACAAUCCACAAUGAAGUUGCAAUCCGAGUCCGUGUACGUAGUCCUACUCCAAUCACCACUCUAAGAAAAAAUGACCAUGUGCUCUCUAUAUUUAUACUUUUAAGAAGAAAUUGGGACGAUUUUCUGGUGAGAAGUUUACCAUAUUACUGUAAAAUAAAUACAGAGACAACUGCAAUUCAGUUAUACAAUCCGUAUAUUCAAUAAUAUGUUUUUAAUAGUUAUUGAACAGAAAUGAUAACUACUCUUUCAAACUUAUUUAUUAAUGUCUAUCUUCUUCCCUCUUCGCCUGUCCCUCGGUAUCGAAUGAAGCUUACCCUCAAGCAAUCAUUUUGAAUUGUUUUGUUGAUACCCAAGGGGAACAUUGUAUAUAUAAGUACAAGAAUGCUCUGUAUAUUAUAUAUGUAUAUAAAUGAAUACAUUUUAUUGUGUUGAAACUGUUUCCUGAUUGAUUAAAAUGUGAUAAUAAAAAGGUAUAUGUA